AUGCUGAAACAUUUAGUCAGGCAAGUGGUUGAUAAUGAUGAGGAUGAUGAUGGUGAUGAUGAAGAGGUGGAGGGCGAAGAAGAAGAAGAAGAGGAGGAACAUAUUAAUGAUAGUGAUGCAGUACAAUCUGAAUGUGAGUGUGAGCUCUGGGGACCAUGGUCGUCCUGUGCUCUCACCAGCGAGACUGGCUGCACCCAAGCCAGAAUGUGCCAGAAGACUACGGCAAGCUCUGACGGCAGCGCAACCUUGGGAUGUCCACAGCCCACCGAAACAGCCGUGUGUUAUACGGGGACUUGUGCACCUGGCUGUUUUUGUUCGGAUUGGCAGGCCGCAGCUCCGUGUAGUGUGACUUGCGGGGAAGGUGUGCAGGUGUAUCGCAGGGGCUGUACUACCAGUAGUGGCCAGUGUGAGACAGAAGUUACCAGAAAAUGUAGCACACUUGAUUGCCCUAUAGUGGCCCCAGUAUGUCAAUGUGAUGAAUGGGGGCCGAUAUCUGAGUGUGCUGUGCCGGCCGAGUGUGGGAAUGGAACAGCAACCAGGCAAAGAACAUGCACAAAUAGUAACAACACUACACUUGUCGAUAGUCCCGAGUCGUGUACUACUCUUGAAGUGUCCAACUGCACGCUGCCAUGUGACGAGCCGUCCACAGCAACUACACAACCAGACGAACCGAGUACAGGGAUAGAUACAGUCGACAUUUUUAACAUCAUAACCGCGAAUAGCUCUAACCUCGGCCCAAAUCCUGAUGCCACACCAUCAGUACCAACGGUUCAAAUAGAGGCGGAUGCUAAUACAACUACCGUUUCAGCCAGCAAUACGCCCUCGUUCUGGGAUGUCAAUAAAACGUACAUUCUCGCCGGGUCUGCCGCACUGUUGGUGUUGCUGAUAAUCAUUACCAGCAUCUGCUGUUGCCGUCGUAAGAAGAAGACCACCACAAACGAACAGGCCUCAACUGACCCCACCACAGUGUCCACAAAUUCAAAGCAAACACUUCGAUCUGCUGAAUCCAUUCCCCUGUCAGCCCGGGUGCGACAGUGGCGGUCGUCUCUCUCAAGGUCAUUCAAUGCGCAUCUCAGCCUCGGAAAUAAUACAGCUAAACCUUCCUCCAGGCUCAUGUCGGAAACCUUUGAUUGGCGUGAUGCGAGGGGAGUGGACCUCGAGACUCCUACUGUUGUAUAG